AUGACAUCCUUGAUGCUUGCUGGACUGGGCAUAGCUGGCACUGCCCUGGCGGCUAGGAUACUGAUGGGCAGCUUCAAGCAGUUCCAGAAGUCGGCAUCUCAACUCCCCAAAUCACCAAUGUUCACAAGUUACUACAAAGGUGGAUUUGACCCAAAGAUGUCAAAGAGAGAAGCUGGGUUGAUAUUAGGUAUCAGCCCAUCAUCUCCUAAAGACAGAAUAAAAGAAGUUCAUAAGAAGAUCAUGUUGCUAAAUCACCCGGAUAGAGGAGGAUCACCGUAUCUAGCUACUAAGAUCAACGAAGCAAAAGACUAUCUCGAAACUGGUGGAAAGUCGGCCAGAGGACUAUAG